GGCGGCGGCGGCGGCGGCGGCGGUGGCGGCGGCUGGUGCUCGGCGCCUGGGAUCGCUUUGGCCCGGUCCGGCCCGCACGGCGCUGGGCGCGGAGAACGGCCAUGCCGCCGCGGCGCAGUAUCGUGGAGGUGAAGGUGCUGGACGUGCAGAAGCGGCGCGUGCCCAACAAGCAUUAUGUCUACAUCAUCCGAGUCACGUGGUCCAGUGGCACCACAGAGGCCAUCUACAGGCGCUACAGCAAGUUCUUUGACCUUCAGAUGCAGAUGUUGGACAAGUUCCCCAUGGAAGGGGGACAGAAGGAUCCCAAGCAGAGGAUCAUCCCAUUUCUGCCAGGCAAAAUCCUCUUCCGCCGCAGCCACAUCCGGGACGUAGCCGUCAAACGCCUGAUACCAAUUGAUGAGUACUGUAAGGCCCUGAUCCAGCUGCCCCCCUACAUCUCUCAGUGUGAUGAGGUGCUACAGUUUUUCGAAACCAGGCCCGAGGACCUUAAUCCUCCCAAAGAGGAGCAUAUCGGGAAGAAGAAGUCAGGGAGUGACCUGACCUCGGUGGACCCCAUGGUCCUGGAGCAGUAUGUGGUGGUAGCAGACUACCAGAAGCAGGAAAGCUCAGAGAUCAGCCUCAGUGUAGGCCAAGUAGUGGACAUCAUUGAGAAGAAUGAGUCAGGUUGGUGGUUCGUCAGCACUGCUGAAGAGCAAGGCUGGGUGCCUGCAACCUGCCUCGAGGGCCAGGAUGGUGUACAAGACGAGUUUUCCCUCCAGCCUGAGGAAGUCUGCUGGAGGUACUGCUCUCUGCCCCGCUCUGUGGGUCACCGCCGGACUCUGGGGAACUUGUAUGGCAUCAGCUGGCGUCAAGAGGAGAAGUAUACAGUCAUCUACCCGUACACAGCUCGUGACCAGGAUGAGAUGAACCUAGAGCGAGGGGCUGUGGUGGAGGUCAUCCAGAAGAACCUGGAAGGCUGGUGGAAGAUCAGGUUCCAGGGCAAAGAGGGCUGGGCCCCUGCUUCCUACCUAAAGAAGAACAGCGGGGAGCCCUUGCCCCAAAAGCUGGGCCCCAGCUCCUCUGCUCACUCGGGGGCCCUCGACCUGGAUGGUGUUUCCCGGCAGCAGAAUACUGUGGGCAGGGAGAAAGAGCCACUCAACAACCAGAGGGAUGGCCGGUUUGAAGGCCGCCUGGCGCCAGAUGGUGACGUUAAGCAGAGAUCACCAAAGAUGAGGCAAAGACCCCCUCCUCGCCGGGACAUGACCAUCCCUCGAGGCCUCAACCUGCCCAAGCCGCCCAUCCCGCCCCAGGUGGAGGAAGAGUAUUACACCAUUGCCGAGUUCCAGACCACCAUCCCAGAUGGCAUCAGCUUCCAGGCCGGCCUGAAGGUUGAGGUGAUUGAGAAGAGCCUAAGUGGUUGGUGGUACAUUCAGAUGGAAGAUAAGGAGGGAUGGGCCCCAGCAACCUUCAUUGACAAAUACAAGAAGACCAGCAGUGCCUCAAGGCCCAACUUCCUGGCUCCCUUGCCCCAUGAGAUGAAUCAGCUCCGGCUUGGGGAUGCCACUGCAGUGGAGAACAAUACGGGUCCAGAAGUGGUGGGGCCCUCCAGACCACUGCCAGAAGCACCACACGGUGCUAUGGACUCUGGGAUGCUGUGGUCCAAAGACUGGAAAGGAGGAAAGGAGGCACCAAGAAAGGUAUCUUCAGACCUGUCUGCAUCAGCAGGCUACGAGGAGAUCUCAGACCCCACACAGGAGGAGAAGCCCAGCCUCCCUCCACGCAAAGAGUCCAUCAUCAAGUCCGAGGAGGAGCUGCUGGAGAGGGAGAGACAGAAGAUGGAGCUGUCCCGGGGCUCCUCCCCCAAACCCCCUGGCAUGAUUUUGCCAAUGAUUCCAGCCAAGCAUGCCCCGCUGGCCCGGGACAGCAGGAAACCAGAGCCCAAACCUGACAAAAGCAAGUUCCCACUGAGAAAUGACAUGGGGCUAGAGUGUGGCCACAAGGUGCUGGCCAAGGAAGUAAAGAAGCCCAACCUCCGGCCCAUCACCAGGUCCAAAGCCGAGCUGCCCGAGGAGAAGGUGGAAGCCACCCCCCAGAAUCUGUUCUUGAAGUCUAGACCUCAGGUUAGGCCCAAACCCACUCCUUCCCCCAAAGCAGAGCCAGCUCAGGGUGAAGACCAAGUAGACAUCUAUCACCUCAGGAGCAAGCUCAGACCUGCCAAGUCCCAGGAGAAAACCAUAGUGGAUGGAGAAAGCCACCACGCUGCUGGGGGUCAUGACACACCCCUCAGCCGAGGCUUCCUUCCCGGGGAGGGGCCUGGCCGUGGCCAGGACAGGUCUGGCAGACAGGACGGGCUGAGUCCAAAGGAGACACCGUGCAGAGCCCCUCCCAGGCCAGCCAAGACCAUAGACCCUGGGCCCAAGAAUGCGCCUGUGCCCAUCCAAGAAGCCACCCAGCAAAGACCUGUGGUCCCACCUCGGAGACCCCCACCCCCCAAGAAAACCUCCUCAUCACCAUUGUCGUGCAGGCCCCUCCCAGAGGUCAGGGGACCACACCGUGAAGAAAACAGAGCCGUUCCUGCCACAGGCCGGGCCCUCCUUGUCCCUCCGAAGGCCAAGCCCUUCCUCUCCAACUCUUCCAUGGGCCAAGAUGACAUUCGAGGCAAAGGUGGGCUGGGGCCACGCGUGGCUGGCAAGAUGGGAGACAACAGAGAGAAAGCAGCCUCCUCCCUCAAUGCUGAUGGCCCUAAGGACUCACUGUAUGUGGCUGUGGCCAACUUUGAAGGCGAUGAAGACACCAGCAGCUUCCAGGAAGGGACAGUGUUCGAAGUCCGGGAGAAGAACAGCAGUGGCUGGUGGUUCUGUCAGGUCCUCAGCGGGGCGUCUUCCUGGGAAGGCUGGAUUCCUUCCAACUACCUCCGGAAGAAACCCUAGCUUUCCUCUGCCCCGCCCCCACACACUAUCCAGAGACCCCGCUGUCCCUGCCAGCCUGUCCCACGUAUUUAAUACGCAUCUUAAUUUAUCAGUCUCCACAGUAUUUCAAGGAAGGCAGCCAUCCGGGUGCUGUGGCUUCCUCCCUCCCAAGAUGGAGAAUUCUUGGUGCAGAGAUGUCCUGUAACCUGGCCUCUGAUUCUCCUGAGGGCUCAAGAGCCACAGCCUUUGCUAGGUAGAAGUCAUGUCAGCAUCCUUGUCUAAAAGUAGCACCCAUUCUCCUAGACAAUGGUAUUGUCACCCAGAAGCAGGACAGUGACACUCUCUGACCUCCAGACCUGAGAGAGCUGUCACCUGGAGACCUUCCAGACCACACCUCCGUGCUCAGCUGUGGCAGAGAGGGACAGCCCACAAGGCCUUGUCAAUUCGCUCUAAUUUCUCCAUGUUUCUGGAAGCCCAAUGGUGGCUUUGUUCCCUGUUCCCAGAAUGCCUGGUAUUGGGAACUGUGUGCUGAGAAAGCUCCCGGACUUUCUCCUUCUGAGUCCUGAGCAGAUGCAGCUGCCCAGCAGUGGUCCUGGGGAUUCAUCUGGUCACCCUAACGGAGCAUGCCUCACUUCACUGCUGAAGCCCCUGGUCCAUCCAGGACUUUUAAAUUCCAGUUCCUGCCCACCUCCCCAAUAGAACGAGUUGCCAGAAUUGCCAGGUUUGUUUAAAUAAGGCGGCCCCUCACAAGGCACACAGUCUGUGAGGGCUUCUUCGCCCACUAGGUGCCAAACUGCCCUUGGCCUUUUGCCUUCAUGUUCUAACCUUCAACAAGCUUCUCCCAUUCUAUCGCACCCAUUUUCUAGACGAGGAAACUGGGGCCCUACAGGCCCCAGGACACGCCAGCUAGGAAGUGGUGGGAGGACAUUUGAGUCUAGGCCUGCCUGAUUCCAGCACUGAUGCUCUACUCCUGCAAGAACAAAUCAGUGAGGAGAGAACUGAAGGUUAUUUGGGUGUCAGGGCAGGUAGCCUGGGGCCUUUUUCUUGUGGUAUGAUCAAGGGGACAGUAGUGACUGCCCUGGACCCGUAGCUGCUUUUCCAGGACAGGGCAUGCCCUGGAUUUUUUGUAGCUGGCACAGAGUCUGUAGGCUGUUAACCUGGGUGUGGAAAGAGAAUAAAGAAAGAUGAGGCAGUGUCCCUGGGUGGCUUGAAGGGGGCUCUGGUGGCUAGGGACCAGGAGCUGGGUCCGUGCCAAACUAAGCAGAGCAAGAGUAGCCAGCCUGCGGACUCCUGCCCCCGGCAGCCAUGGCUUCCUGUAGAGCUGUUUGCUUUUCUGCGUGCUUUCUCCCGGGGAGAAGCCCAGGGCAGCCCUUCCCUAUUUUGACCAAUAGACAACCGAGGCCUCAAAAGGUCUGCUUAGUUAUUGCAGAGCUAAACUAGCUUCCAGCCCAGAGCAACUUGUAGCUAUGAACGGGCUUCCUGUGAAAGAGGAAUGGAGUUGAGAGGGCAGAACCCCAUUCCAUCCCACAGAUGUCCUUCUCUCCACAUAUCCCAGAAACCUCUCACCCCCAUGGCUCAGUUUUACUGUGGUUUGAAAACCAUGAAGCUCCCUUUCCCAAUGAAAACCAUGAAGCUCCCUUUCCCAAGAGGCUUGAGUCCUACCUGCUGUGCCAAAGAUUCCGUGCAAGCGGAGCUCUUCACACCUGCCCCUUCCCAGCCCCCUCUCCAUGCCCCUCCAGCUCCGUUUGCUUUCCUCUGACCUAUGGUGGCACCAUUACUCUCUUCCUCUGCUCAGCCUGCAGCCCUGCUCUACCAGAGUACUGGACCAGGGUCUGAGGCACCUCCUGAAGGUCAUUCCAACUUAGUCUGGGUCCAGUGCCUCGGGAGAAAGUAGCAGUUAGGGAGAGGAGAGGCUGAAAGAGUCUUAGCACCACUUCAGAGCCGCACGCCCCACCACUGCCACCGUGCAAGAAGCCUCAUAGUUUUUGAGUUUUUGACACCUUCACUUCACGAACAGCUUUCAUGGACUGUUUUAUAAGCCUUUGAAGGGGCAAAGGUUUUUUGUUGUUUUGUUUGCAUUUGGCUCUCUGUAACCUUUUGCAAGCCCCUACUAUGCCACAGGUACUGGGUAGACUAGGGCAUAGGGGUAUUACCCUUGACUGAAGAACUGAGUUUUUCCUACUAGCUCCACAGGAGGCUUCAUCUGCCUCCUUCCCUCUGUGGGGUCAGCUAAGGUGGAGCAGACAGGCCUGCCUUCCUGUGGGCAACCGAGAGAAUUUGCCUUUUGUCCAUUCCGUGCUGUCGUGAACUGUGGGCGUACAAGGUGCAUUCUCUGCUCACUAUCCUUUUCUUGGGUCCCAGGAACAGCCUGAAAUUUUCCGUAGCAAGCUCUGUCAGCCUAGUGGUCAUCCCUGCCCUGGGCAACUGGAAGUGAGUGGGUCUGCAGAAGGUGGUCACUUACCCAGCUUCCCUUGCCUGGGACUUAGCUUUUUAUCACUCCUCUGGGGCAGAGCGUAUGCCAGGCUCUUCUCCAUCCCUGCCUUGGAAAUUUUCCAAAGCCACGGGGGCAAUGUCUGGGACAGUCAGAGAGCAGAUCGCCAAUGCAAACCUGCCCCUCACCCCCUUAACUAACCUUCACAUCCAUGCUGUGGCAAGGGCCACCCCAGUGUGUGAUGAGGAAGUUAUGGCAUGGAGAGUACCGUCACAUCCCACCUUGUCCAGAAAUGUGUACAGCCCCUUUCACAAUCUCCUGGCCAAACAUUGGUCACAGGCCGGAUGGGCCAUGCUUUCUGGCUCUGUGGCUGCCUUGUUUCUGCCCGAGAGCAAGUAUAGUGCCCUGAGCUCUGGUAACCUGGCCUUGUAAGUGGCCAGUUGAUAGAAUGAGACUUUGCUUAUAUUUUCUGGCCAGAAUCACUCUUGGGCAUUUGUGUUUAUACCAUGGCCCCAGGCUGAGGCCGGGGCAGGAUUGCACUCCAGCUACUUCACAUUCUGCCAGGAAAUGGCUAGAGCCAUACCAAGCUUUCACAGCCGUUUUCAGCCUCUGCCACCAGGCUGCCCCAUAGACUUGAUUUCUGUGGCACAGUUCUUGACCUUAAACUGUUUCUGAACUCACUGGGGACUUGGGUAGUGGGUGGAAAGUGGGGGACACAUGUGCCUCAGGAAAGAACAGGUGCCAAAUCUCCACAAGACUUAAGGACAGUCUUUAUCACCAAAUUGGGAGGAAGAAAUUGCCCCUACCCUCUAAAAGCUGCCCCCUGGAGGUGCAGUGCAUCCAGAAAGCACUGGCCGGAAGGUAUGGUGUCCCAGGCUCCACCCCGAGCCUCGCAGAUAAACAAGGACAUUAAUGGCUUAGCUCCUGUCCUUCCAUUGAGCCUGCGGUUCUUCAGUGCUGAUAGAGUCUGCACUCUGGGAAAUUUUGCCAUUUCUCUGAACAUCAUGGCAGUCUCGGCCCCUUUGCUGGCUGUCUAAACUUUCCUUCAGGCUCUUUCUAUAUACUACAGACAGCUGUAUCCUACCACAGACCAAAGAGUCCCUGAGGCCAGAGAGGUAUGGGCUGAACAGGUAGGAAGUUAAUUUGUAUCAUGGCCAAAGGCUUUGCCUUUGCCUGGGAGAAUUGCUCCCGACUUGCUAAGGUCCAGCAGCUGGGCUGACCUGACCCCAAGCAGGACCACACAGUUAAAGACAAUGGUUCAUACUUCGCGCCUGCUCAUAGGCCACCUUCUGAACAACCUUCCCACAGGCCAGCUCUCCCUGCUCUGGGGGGGUGACGCCUGGUCUCCGGUGCUAUCUAGUUGAGGUACCAAGCCCCUACAUAUGUGAGUGUUCCAUCGUCCUCCUCAUCUCCAUUCUCCUCCCUGAAGGAAGCCCCUUCACUCCACUCAGAACAAGGGCUUAGCUUUCAUGCUUCAAAAGAGCAGAGCCGGUGCCAUCGCCAGUGGCCUUCACUCUCACUUCUAUGCUUUUUAAGAGCAAAGGUGCCCCACCAAGCUUACUACAGCAAUAAGCAAUUCUAAUGCAACGGAGAUGUCUGUAUUACGCCCGCAAUGCCUUUGUACCCUGUAACUAUUAGUUGUACCUCUCUCAUCCGGGAGUGUGCUAAACUGUGGUCACCUUAGCCAUACAUGGUUCCUGUUUCAGGGCCACUGCGGAGUUAGGUUGCUUCUGAUAUCCCUCCAAGAACAGUGGGCAGCGCCGCCCAUUGCGUGGGGGUGUGUGCCCACAGAUGGUGCUGGGGACCCCCGGGUUCUCAGCCCUUCUCACACCCCCUAGGCCAGCUGACAGAUCCUGGUGGUGGCUUUUGUCUCCCAUGAGUGUGUAAUGUGAGGGGGCGGGGGACACCUAGCAGUAGCAUGUAGAGACUGUAUACCAUUAGACAUUUCUUUUUAAAAUAAUAAAAUGCUUGACUGGUUUCAAGCUUCGUUGUAAA